AUGAAGCAUGUUCAUCGUGCAGAGCUCGAUGGCAAGCUGUGUCCCUUCUACCCGCGCAGCCUUUCAAGGUUGAUCGGCGAGAGCAGUAUCAUUGUCCUCCCCGGCGGCAAAGGCCACCACAAGCACAAGCGCUUGCGAGGCAAGCUGCUCGCCAGCCUCGGGCCGCAAUACGUCCUCAGCAUUAUCCCCGAGAUCACGGCAAUGAUUCGCCAAAUGCUGGAUGGUCUCGUGAAGGACACAGAGCGACAAGGCUAUGCGGCAUUUCAGCCAGCGGCUACGGACCUGGCGGCGCGCGUCUCGGUGCUACCGAUCGCCGCGGGACUCGAGGAUGCAGAUCAGCAGCGCUUUCAGACGCUUCUCGAUACCGCCCUUCUGGGCCUCUACGCGUUUCCCAUCAACCUCGGCCGAUUCUCGGCCCACGGCCGCGCGCUGAUCGCGCGGCGCGACAUCGACGAAAUCAUCUCCAAGGCAAUGGCUGGCCCAAACCAACAGCGGCAGAACAUCGUUGCUGACCUGGCGAAGGAUUCACAGGAUGGCCAUGGAUUCACCAAGGAGGAGAUUUCGGACACACUGUUCAGUCUGCUGGUGGCGGGUAAGAUGACAACCUCAGAAGCUUUUCCAUUCUUGUUGGUGCAGCUUUGCAAACACCCGAGCUGGAUCCCGCGCAUCGCUGCGGAAAGCCUCGAGAUGACAAACCCCGAGGAGAAUUCGGCCACUCUGCGCUUCGUGCGCGAGGCCUUGCGGUUGAAGCCACCAGCUGGCGCGUUCCGACGGGUGAACCGGAAGGAGGACCUGGACCUCGGGGAGCACGGCGUGGUGCCCAUGGGCUGCCCUAUGGCGAUCGACCUCAGGGCAGACCUCAAGGACAUGGGACAAACGUUCGAUCCGGAGCGGUGGCUAACCGAAGCAAAGGACAAGUUUACAGUCUUUGGCGGGAAUCAGCCCCACGAGUGCAUCGGGAAGCAUUUGGCGCUGGUCGAACUGCAGCUCUUCGCGCGCAUCCUGUGCCGCGAGUACAACUUCCAGGCGGGCAUUAGCAUUAUUAUUAGUAUGAGUAUUGUUAGCAAUCAGUAUUGGUAUUAG